AAACUUCAGAAAAUGCAACAAUUUUUUGGUUUGAAAGUGACUGGAAAACCAGAUACUGAGACAUUGGAAAUGAUGAAGAAACCCAGGUGUGGAGUUCCCGAUGUGGGUCUCUAUGGUGUUACUCUGCCAGGAUGGAAAAAAAACAAUCUGACAUACAGAAUUGUGAACUACACACCAGAUAUGAGCAAAAAGGAUGUGGAUAAAGCAGUUGAGAAGGCAUUAGAAGUGUGGAGCGCUGUAACCCCGCUGGUUUUCACUCGAAUUCAUGAGGAAAUAGCAGAUAUAAUGAUUGCUUUUGCUCACGGACAUUGUCCUCGUUAUUUUGAUGGCCCACUUGGUAUCCUUGCUCAUGCAUUUCCACCUGGCAAUGGUUUUGGCGGUGAUGUGCACUUUGAUGAGGAUGAAGAUUGGACCACAGGCUCAGCUGGGUUCAACUUGUUCCUUGUUGCUGCUCAUGAGUUUGGGCAUGCCCUGGGUCUCUCCCAUUCUAAUGACCAGAGGGCUUUGAUGUUCCCAAAUUAUGCUUAUGUCAGCCUCAGCGAAUUCCCCCUCUCUCCAGAUGAUAUAAGUGGCAUUCAGUCCAUUUAUGGAUCUCCACCAAAUGUCCCAGAUAGAAGGCCAUCCACCCCUACCUCACCUAAAACCUGUGGCUCCCAGAUGUCUUUCAAUGCUAUAACUACACUCCGACGAGAGGUCAUUUUUCUAAAGGGCAGGCACUUAUGGCGAGUCUAUCCUGAUAACUUAGAAGUUGAAUAUGAAUUAAUUUCUACCUUCUGGCCAACUCUACCACCUGGUAUUGAAGCUGCGUAUGAGAACAAUAAAGAUCAGAUCCUAUUUUUCAAAGGCAACAAAUUUUGGGUUAUCAGCGGGUAUCACGUGUUGCUUGGUUACCCAAAGAAUAUCAACACACUGGGCUUCCCCAAAGGUGUCAAGAGAAUUGAUGCAGCUGUUUGUAAUAAAAACACAGGGAAGACAGACUUUUUCAUAGGUGACAAGUACUGGAGGUUUGAUGAAAACAGCCAGUCCAUGGAGAAGGGUUAUCCUAGGCAGACAGCCAAUGACUUUCCAGGAAUUAGCCAGAAGGUUGAUGCUGUUUUCCAACAGAAUGGAUUAUUCUACUUCUUCCAUGGAUCAAAGCAAUGGGAGUUUGACCCUACUACUAAAAAGGUUACCCGUGAAAUAAAGAGUAACAGCUGGUUUAACUGUUAA